AUGACAACUAUUAGCAUAGUUUUCUCAGUUUUUUUCCUAGUUUCUAGGUGUUUGACAUUAAGUUUAGAUGUAUCUCAAUUUGGUACUGUAGAACCAGCCCGCCUUUGGUCUAUAUUAAGUUACCUGCAAGAUUACACAAAUGCUGACAUGGCAAGUGAGUUAUAUCCAAUUGUUACCAAUAUUGAGGAAUAUGCUGAGGAUUCGGGAGAUAUAACUGGUCAUGUUGUGGAUGUGCUACGAACGAAAGCUGAUCAAAAAGAUUUGACAACACUAUUAUCACUUUUGGCUGAACUAUACCCAAUGGGGUUUCCAAUCGAUCCAACUUUAAAUGAUCAUAAUGUUUCGCUAAAUGAAAAUUGCUUCUUUUUAAAUGAGAAGAAAUAUAAUGAACCAGAAGACAUAUUUUAUUUGAAAUCUGACGAUCUUAAACAACAGGCAUCAAUUUCCGAUUCAAGCAUCAAAGGGAAGCAUGAUAUUGUCAUUGGUAACAAUCUAGAUGCUCCUAUUGUGAUAUUGUACGGAUGUCCUGAUGGGUCUUCUAAUUUUGACGACUAUAACAGAAAUAUUUAUAGAGAGGCUAUUGAAAGUGGAAAACUUCGAUUCAUAUGGAGACCAACUUGUCCCGUGGGAGAUAUAGAAGAUUCAACUGACAUUCAAUUUCCGUUGAGUUUAACUGUGAAGAAAGAUUCUGAUUUCUCUCAAUUGACGAAACUUAGGUUACCUUUGGGUGUUCCACAUCGUUUCCAAAUGGAAAAUUAUGAACACUAUAUACCCACUCCUUCUGAACUAGAAGAUCUGGAUUUGAAAGUUGCUAAAAUGAUAGCCAAGUACUAUACACAAGGAAAGAAUUUUUCUUCCACAUUGAGCUUUGCAAAAGGGAUUGUGAACAAUUUCCCAUUAUUGGUGUCAUCGCUAACUUCAUUAAAGGCGGAAUCUUUCAAAGGUUUGAAAAAAAGUAAUGAGCUAUUAAAGAAGAGUGGGAUUGAUUAUAAUAUGCUGGGUCUUUACGUCAAUGGGCAAUAUAUGAAAAUUUCAACAUUAGAUGAGUACUCUUUAUUAAACGUUCUUCUUAAUGAGCAUUCCCGAUUGAAUCAAUUGCAAGGUAUCUUAUCUCAGAACAUACAGGAUGUUUCUCCCUUAAUAAGUAAAGAUCUACUGGCUCAAUUUUCAGCGUCGUCAUUAGAAAAUCUUCAAACAUUACAACCCAUCAAGUAUGAUCUGCACACAAUUCCUGGGUUUUCAGAAAGUAUCAUCUACUUCAAUGAUAUUGAAAGUGAUCCCCAAUACGAUGAAUUAACAAAUAAUAUUGAAAAAUUCUUUGAUGAAUCCAAAUUUGGCGAAUUGCCUGAAUAUAAACAAAAUUGGAAUGAACUUAUAUUUGCCAUUGAUUUCAGUAGAUUGGAAGAAGACGAUGUGCAUGACGCACUUGAAGGGUUAGUUCGUGCCAUAAAUGUGGUUUCUCAGGGGUAUCCUCAAAGAAUUGGUCUAUUACCACUCAACACCGGUAAGGAUAAGAAUAUAAUUAAUAAGAUUUAUGAGCUAAAGAAUAUAGACUUAGGAGACUUGGAUGAGUUUUUACAAGAUAUCUUAUCUAAUCCAGAUCUUGAAAUAGUUUCAAAUUUCAAAAAGUCUCCGAAUGUACAACCUAUUCUCGAUGCGCUCCAUAUCCAGCAAACUUCAAUCAUUAUAGAUGGAGAAAUAUAUCCAUUCAAAAAAAACGCCUGGCAUUAUCUGAUAGCAAAGGUUAUUAAGAAGGAUGUAUCAUUUAUAAAAUCAGAACUAAAACGUGUUAUGCGUGGGUCCAGUAAUAACAAUGACGUUAGAGCCCUGCUGCACAUGAAAUCUGCAAAUUUGAGGCAUAAUAAGUAUACUCCUGACUAUUUCUCUGACUCAUUGUACACUGUUAUGAAUAAUUCUAUGUUAUCUUCAGAAAAAGAGAGAAUUAUCGAGUAUAUUGGUUCUGAAACAUAUAAUACAUUGCAUACUCUCACGCUUGUUGAUGACUUCAAUACCAAAGAGGCACUACAGAGAUUACAAGAAGCGAUGGAUAAUGAGUAUGUUGGGAUGAAAUAUAGGAUUAUUCACAGAGGUAAUUUGAAGGGUUCCAAUUGGAAAAAUCUGAAAAAACUUUUCAAUAAUGGGAAGGAUGUAGUUGAAAAGAUAAAUAAAAUGAUAGUUAAGACCAAGAGUAAUACUCCAGGUACAUAUGACGAUAUUGGUCUUUCUUUACUUCAACGGUGGUUACCUGAUAUUCCUUUGCAACUUUUAAAAGGAGCUCCUUUUGCUGUUUUGAAUGGGAGGUUUAUUCAUUUUGAAAAUAAUGAGGUUCCUACUUCUCAUAAUUUUAUCUCGAUUAUCAAGCGUGAGGCCCAAAGAACUUUACAAGUUGCAUACAUAUUGACUUCAACUUUUCCUGCUCUUUCAGAUUCUAGAAUUGAGCCUAAUUUUAUUGAAAUGGUAUCUGCUUCGCUAACAAAACUGUUUUAUCAUUCGAAGAAUAUAUAUAACAAAGGUAUUGAAUAUUCGACUGAAAGUGUCUUUCCAAGAUUGAAUUUUGAUCAAUUAAUUAAAAACAACAAUUUUACUAUCUUUCAACAAAAACAGGCAGCUGAAAACAUGGUGGAUAUUUUAUUGAUAAUUGAUCCCUUGGAAGAAAGAACUCAAAAAUUACUUUCUUUAGCAUCGAAAUUUGAGCAUUUAUCUUUCAUAAACGUUCAGAUUGUAUUAUUGCCCACAGAGGAGCUUAAAGUUCUUCCUAUCGAAAGGAUUUACAUGGAUUCUGCUAUUUCGUAUGAUGAUUUGUCCGAGGAAUUAAAAUUGACCUUUGACAUGGAGUUAGAUAUUCCAUCCUCCUUUUACACAUUUAACAAUGAGGAACUAGAAGGGAUAUCCAUCGACGUUCAUGUCUCUGAAAUGGGUUCGCCACUUUCUCAAGCUACAGUUGAUAGCAUUGGUGGUAUUUGCCUAGAGUUAGUGGAUAUUGACGGUGAAGUUAUUGACCGAACUAAUACUAUGGUGACUUUUGGUUAUGGUCAAUUCCAUGCCACUGAUUUGGCUACAGGCUAUUCGGUUAGGAGUUGUAGCGAGAGUUAUAAGGUGACAGGUGUUACUACAGAUGGGUACUCUGAUUCUGUAUUUAGUAGUACAUUUUCAGUCUUAAACUUUAAUCCUCAUAAAGUAUUCGUUAAGGUGAAAAAGAUAAAAAAAGAUGAAACUAUUAAUUCGAAAAAAGAGCAAAAUGAACUAAAUAUUUUCAGUGUUUUAGAGAAUUGUCCUGAAGAAGAGGAAACUUUCAAGGAUAUGGUCAUUUCCAUCUUAGGAAUUUCUGGAAGAGAAAAGGAAAAAGUCACCUUUUGGGUUUUGGAUAAUCCACAUGUAACUGAUGACUUCAGAGAUUUUGUAACUAGGUUCAACGGCCAUAAAAAGUGGAAUGCAGAGAUUAAGUUUGUUAGUUACAACUGGCCGUUAUGGUUAAGACCCCAGAGAUUUUAUAAACGAAGACUUGAUAUCUCCAAACUAAUAUUUUUAGAUGUUCUUUUCCCACAAAACGUUUCUUCUCUCGUUUAUAUGACUCCUACGUCCUCCCCAAUCGACCCCUUCAAAAUCCAAGAUCAAUUGAAUCCCCAUAAACCUUUUUCUCUUUUCAAGAUGAGUGGAACUGGGUACUGGAAUGAAGGAUAUUGGGCGAAGUUAUUAGAAGAAAACAAUCUUGAUUUCUACUCUGUAGAGCCAUGUUUCCUCAUCAAUCUAAAUGAAAUAAGAAGUCAUCAAGUCUGUGAGAGAUUAAGAGUCCAUUACCAACGAGUAUCUUCCAAUGUUGCAUCACUACAGGUGAUUGAUCAAGAUUUAUUGAAUGAUAUUCAGCCCAUUAUUCCCUUGGGGACUUUGCCCAGAAAUCUAUUGAAAAAAGCCGUGCAUAAGGGUGAAGCCUACGAGGCCUUCAAGAAGGAACUAACUGAAAACACAGACACUAACGUACAAGAUGAAGCUGAUAAGGAUAUUGGACGGAUACAUGAUGAAUUAUAG